AUGAUAUUUAGUGGAUCACUCAGAACUACAACUCCAGAAUAAAAGUCUUAAAUACGCACCAAAAAACAUUUUGAAGUCAAGCACGAUUUAGAAGACCAACUAUUAUCACUCAAAAUAUUUAAACAAUUAGAACAUCAUUUAAAGCAUUAAAACCAAAAAGCACAUUUCCCCUAUUUCCAAAGUUGA